AUGCCAAUCCCCAGUCGCGUCAACAACAUGGACGGCUGGCUCAACGGCGAUUAUCUCGCUGCCAUUCCUCAUGUCCCUGCACUGCAAGACUCGAGGCGAACAUCCGACACCCCGGAUUCCGGAGAUAUCAGCCCACUGACUUCCCUAGAUACCAACAUGCUCGAAGACGCACCCGCCAAGGAGUCUUCCAACGAACCCGCAACUGCUACGCCAGCACAAGUAUCAGACAACCCCUUAGACGCACCUGAUGGCCCACGACCAGAAGCCGAUGACGCCGAUGGCCAGGACGACGAGGAGAUGGGUGGUGUCGAAGAUGCCAAAAAGGAGAAUGGCGAGGGCGCUGAACCCGCGGAUCCAGAAGCACAAGCAAAGGCCGACCUACAGUCGGCGGCACGCUCACACUUUGUCACCCAGACAUAUGCGACCAUCAUCCCCAGCUACGCAACCUGGUUCGACAUGCGCUACAUUGACUACCGUGAGCGCAAAGCCUUGCCCGAGUUCUUCAACGGCCGCAACCGCAGCAAGACGCCUGCCGUAUACCGCGAUUAUCGUGAUUUUAUGAUCAACACAUACCGCCUAAACCCGUCCGAAUACCUCACAGUAACUGCGUGCCGAAGGAAUUUGGCAGGUGACGUUUGUGCUAUCAUGCGCGUACAUGCUUUCCUCGAGCAGUGGGGAUUGAUCAACUACCAAGUCGACCCUCAAGAACGCCCAUCAAACAUUGGCCCACCUUUCACCGGCCAUUUCCGUGUCACUGUUGACACACCUCGCGGACUGCAACCUUUCCAACCUGGUCCAGGCUCCAAAGUUACAGACGGAAAGCAGCUCACAGCCACCGACCGCGCCGCGAGUGCGCAGCCCACCGCGAAAAGCGAGACCAAGUCCCUGGCUGGACGAAACAUCUACGAGGCCAAUGGCAAAGAGGCUUCCGCAGAGCCAAAGACCGCUAACGGUGAAGGUGCUGCGAAUGGCCCCGUCGACGUUAAGGAUCUUGAAGCUGCUGCCAAGGAGCCAAUGAAGGUCAUCAACUGCUUCAGCUGUGGUGUCGAAUGUACCCGUGUACACUUCCACGAGACGAAACCUUCUGAGCAACCUGGACAAAUGAAGGCCGCAGGUGGUCUGAAGCGCGAUCUCUGCCCCAGGUGUUUCGUUGAAGGCAACUUCCCAUCUGGUACGUCUUCGGCAGACUUCACAAAGAUCUCCAACCCGGACAACUCGGCAGCGGCCGAGACAGAAGAGAAGUGGACGGAAGAGGAGACCCUUCUGCUACUUGAGGGCCUAGAGGAGUUCGAUGAUGACUGGAACCGUGUUGCCGACCACGUCCAGACAAAAACCCGCGAGCAAUGCGUGAUGAAGUUUCUGCAGCUCGAAAUUGAGGACAAGUACAUUGAGGCGGAUCUACCAGAGUCACAGUCUGCAGCCCCUUCGACCAAAUUCCUGCGUGAUUUGGAUUACCUCAGCGAAGGUCGUGUACCCAUCCACCAUGCUGACAACCCAAUUCUCAGCGUUGUCAGUUUCUUGGCUGGUCUUGCACCUGCAAACGUCACAGAGGCAGCUGUAGCGUCAGAGCGUAGCGUUGGCGAAAUGAAGCGCAUCCUGCAAGAGAAGAUUAACAAAGCCCCAACUGCACCAUCGGAGAAGGGCAAGGAGAAGGAAGGCGAGCAGUCUACACCCGCAGCAACUGCUUCAGACAUGAAGCCAGAAAGUGGCGAUGCCAUGGAUGUAGACCCUUCCGCCGAUUCGACCGCUAUAGCCACCAGGGAAUCAGACUCGUCAAACGCCAACCCCCUGGCGACCCUCCCCUUCGCUCUUUCUGCCGCCCGUUCCUCAGCACUAGCAUCGCAUGAAGAACGCCACAUCACUCGCCUCGUCUCAGGUGCAGUCAACCUUCAACUCCAAAAGCUCCAACUCAAACUCGCACACUUCAACGACUUUGAGAAACUACUUUCCGCCGAGCGUCGUGACCUGCAACGCCGUCGCCAGCAACUCUUCAUGGACCGCCUCAACUUCCAGAGGAGAGUCCGCGCAUUGGAAGAUGCUACCAAGCGCAUCAGCAGCUCCAUGGGCGGCCAGGGUCUGCCUGGUAGCAUGAGCAACGAAGAAGCUGUUCAAGCCCUGACUGAAGCUAUGAGGAUGUUUGGCGUUGGCAAAGGCGAGGAUAGCAUGGGUGUCAAGCGCGAUAGCGUGGAUGCUGACGUUGCUCAACCUAUCGCUGAGGGUGCCGAGGGCUACAGCAAAGUGGAGAUUUAG